CUUCCCGGCCGCCGUAGUAUAGGUUACGCUUGUUAAAAAGUAAACACUAGACCUAAAGACUUCGUGACGUUCAGUGACGCUCGUGUGUCUGUUAUGUGAGACGGAAAUCUAUUUAAAAGAUCUUACAACAGGCUUAGCAGAUUUAAGUUUCUGCUCGGAGGCUGGUAGAAGAUGAACCAAACCGUGAUCAGAGAGUCCAAGAACUACGCAGGGACCAGAGUGAUGGACGUGGUGUGUUUCCGCCUUCCUGGCCACAGUGACGCUGCUCUGAGGAACAUGAACUCCUUGCGGGAGCAGCGGCACUUCUGCGACAUCACCAUCGUGGCAGGCGGCAGGCAGAUGUUCCGCGGUCACAAAGUGGUGCUGGCCGCUGGCUCGGCCUUCCUCAGGGACCAGUUUUUACUGAACCCCUCUGCAGAGCUACAGCAGGUAUCGGUGCUGCACAGCUCCACAGUGAUCCGCGAGCUGCUGCAGUCCUGCUACACGGGCAUCCUGCAGUUCAGCGCCAAAGAGAUCGUCAAUUACCUGACAGCAGCCAGCUACCUCCAGAUGGAGCACGUGGUGGAGAAGUGCAGAGUGGCUCUGAGUCAGUACCUGCAGUCUAAGAGCAGCAGCUCAGGAACUGUAAAAACAGAAGAGUCUCAGGGUAUGGCGGCGAUCGUCAGCGGAAGCACUCACGACAUGUCGCCACCUUCCGAGCGUGCAUCGUCUCUGCAGCCUCACAGCUCGGAGGGGGAGCCGCAGGUCUCAGGAGUCGAUCACACCGGUGCUCAUCACAGAGAUGAGGCUGAUUUGUCCGUAGUGAGGCUUCGAGCCUCAGAGCACUCCGGAGGUAUCGAGGACGAAGAGAGCAGGAACGACUUCAGUGUGUUCGAGGUUCGCAUCAGAGACGAGCACCGUGGCCCAGUGGAGAACGCAGGAGUCCACGAGGACCAUGGAGACGCUGUGGACUUGUUGGCUGUACGCCAGGUCACACAUCCGCACGCUGAGGAUCUGAGCAGGGACGACGGUGGAGUGCCGGGCAGCAGCCCGAGGGGCGGUGUGCGCAUCUGGAGGCGGAGAUUCGGGGAGCCCAGGGGUGGCCGGGGGCGGGGCUUCAAGCACAGGAAGCGUUACACCUACCGCGAACGAAGGCCUUUGGGGAACUUUCAGCAGGCGUGGCGCUUUCCCACCUCUGAGGAGAUCAUGGGGAGUUUUGGAGCAGGGAUCGGGCAAGACUACUUAGAUCUAGGAGAGAGUUCGAUGCGGGUGGAUUAUCAGCCGUCAGAAUGCCAGGGAGACGCGGCGGGUUCGGACGGUGGCCCUGGUCAUUUUAGCAUGGACGGAGCAAGCGCCGAGGACGAUGUAGGAGUCGUACCGUUGGCCGCUAACGAAGAAAACGGUGGUGAGGACUCUGUGGCUGUCGUGGGCUCCACAUCCUGCGUGACUGGCUCUGUGGCAUGCGAGCAGUGCGGUCUGGCAUUUUCUUCAGUAGAAGAUCUAGCCACCCACUCACGCUCCACCCACCUGCUGUACGUUUGCCCGUGCUGCGGCAAACACUUCAGCCAGACGAGCAACCUGAACCGCCACAUGGCCGUCCACCGCUCGGCCAAGCUCCACAGCUGCCCGCUGUGCCACAAGACCUUCACGCAGAAGUCCACGCUGUCCGACCACAUGAACAUGCACAGCGGACAGCGGCCACACGUCUGCGCCUUCUGCCGCAUCUGCUUCGCCCACAAACCUGCGCUCCGGCGCCACCUGAAAGAGCAGCACGGCAAGACGACAGCACAGAACUACCUGGAGAUCCAGAGAGAGUGCGAGGAGCCUGCUAUAGGAGGAGGGGUUUAAGGAGACUUUUCAGGAUGAAAUCUAAAGUAGCAUUAUUGAUCUAAUGAGGGACGUUACUAGUGAAGAUUAAGGGCCAGAGUCUGACAUCGUCUUAAACAUCUACACACGUGCUAAAUAUUAUCAUGACUCCAACACCAGCAGCUUGAGCUAAGGAAAAGUAAUACACAUCAGGCAAGUUUGGUGAAAUUCACACUAAUUUACUCUAAUCAGUCAAGACAUGUCUGGUGUCUGACUUCUGUUUGCUUCUUUCAUCAUGCGCUGGAGCUAUCACAAUGAUUUACUGAACAAGUUACAGGUUCAAUACCAUUUUUUUUUUUUACACCACGCAUUGUAUUGCAAGUCUGUCUUACAAUAUGUUUUACUUCAUCUCCAUUUGUGUGAUUUUAGUCAUUUUGUAUUCGAGUAAAAAAAGAAAAGGAAAAAAAAAAACAACAACGUAUUCAGUUCAUCUGUAUUUUAAGCAGUUGACCACAACAAAUCAGGCAGUUUGAUCCAAUCAUUUUAACAGAAACGUCAGGCUUCAUUUUUCAAGCAGGAUCCCAACUGAUUUCUCCCUAAAUCAUCCGUAGGACAUUUUACUUCCAGAGAAAACACUUUGCUUGACUAAAAUGCUGAUCAUCAGUAUAAACUAAAGCAGAGGAAACGUAGCCUUGUUUUUUUUUUGUUUUUUUUUUUAAGUAUUUUAUCGUUCUUGCUUUCUUUAUCAACAUAAACACUCACUACAUAAAGUAUUAAUAUAACAGGAAAUUCCCAGUACAAACUUUUGGAUCUAAACUGGUUUCACUUGCACAAGUUUGUCUUCAGUAUCGGUAAAGAUUUAAGUGUCGACCCUCUGCUUUGCUUCCUCACGGACAGGUCAGAUCACCCUGACCUCAAACACAACCUUCUACGUUUAGAGAUAAGUUGCUGUUUUUUGUUUUUUUUUUAUGCUAAAGAACGAGAAACACAUCAUCAUCAUCUUAUUAAUAUUAGGAAUAAUUCAUAUUAUUCAUCAUCUUCAUGUUAUCGGUCACGUCACAUCAGUCUCACAGCUCACGCAGAACCCGAAGAACAAACACGGUCUUGGCUGAUUUAUAAAGUAUAAAGUCGUUCCUUUAAGAGUCAGAAGAAAACAGAGACACGAGUCAGAGUCUGAGCUUAAGUCUAAAGGUCAGGUUAGUUACCUGGACACCUCACUUCUUGCCGUAUCCUGUUUAGUUAACCAGUGCUUGGUCCUCGAGACUGGAGAACAUCCGUGCCUCAUUGAUUCAAUUAGUAUCUGAACACUGUGCUGACAGACUGCAUUGUGGAGAAUAAAAACAAGAACAAAAUCCAUGUUGGUGUAAUUGUCUGUGUGUGUAUUCGGUAAAUAGCCUGUGACUAGUCGAAUAAAGCAGUUAGCAACAAGCCAGUAACCAUGUGAUUAAGUGUAACGUGAUUCGUUUCCUGUCUUCAACUGUUGUCGAUUAAAAAUACAGGGAGCUUUAACAGA